AUGGAGUCAGCGCCUCUACUCGUCGACAGGGAUCGCUCAGGCGUUCUACAGGACCAUCCUGUAUUCCUCCGCGCCAGCCAUUCUCCCUGGUACUGGAUCCCGCAAAACGCGCUCGUCUUCUUCCGUGGCCUCAUCCUUGCCUACCUGAUUGCCACCGGCUGCAUGAUUCUGAACUUUGAGCUGACUGAUUCGACUCUAACCAAUGCUCGACUUUGGUUCGACUUUGCCAUCAUCAGCUAUGUCAUGGUUUUUAUUUACCACUUCAUGACGUUUUGCUGGACUUUCACCCAUUUGUAUUUUCCUGAUCGGGAUGAAGUAGAUGGAAGUUUUGAGUGGCUCAUCAUCAACUUCAUGUCUUUGCCCCGAAACCUGGCCAGCCUGCGCAAGCAAUUUUACUUUUCUCUGUAUUACACGACUACGGUCGUCUUUGCCUUUAUGAAUACAGUAAUCUACUGGUUCAUUACACGACCGCACAAGUUUUCGACGGCACCGGGCAGCGAUCCUAAUCCUGACGACGGGUCAAGCGACGAAGAGCUUUGGUCUGGAGGAAAAGUUCGAGCUUCAGCUGAACCAUUCAGUGACAUUUUUGGCAAAGGGUGGUUCGCGACCUAUUGCAUUCUCAACUUGUUUUUGGUCGUGUCAGUUAUCAUGGUCAUUGAGAUAUUCUGGCUCAACAGUAUCAAACGGCCAUUUUCCGCCGGCGCUCACAUCUUUAGUCUCCUCGUAUUCGCUGGUCUCUUCCUCGGCUGGGCCGCCAUCGGACAUGCAGCCACAAACGUGUACUCGUUCUUCUGGCUCGACGAGGCCCAGGUUGGCUCCCAAGAAGCGGUGGUGGCAUACUGCAUCGGCUUUGUGCUUCUGGCUCCCAUCUGUUUCGUCUUCAUGCAGGGCUUCAUUGGCCUCCGAGAGUCUUUCACUCGACCCCGCGUCAUUCUACAAGAAGCCCCGCUAGGGGCCUAG